AUGAUUCUUGGACCGGUGUCGUUGCUCGACUGCCUGGUCUUUGUCAUCUUGGCAGUGCCGCAGCUCCUCCUCCAUGUUGGCUUCUUCCGGACACUAGCUGUUGCCAUCAAGACGUUGCCGUUUCUGAUACUUGAGCUGCCAACCUCGCUGCUUCACGAGCGCUUGAUCCUCCCAUACAACCAACGCUCGCCAUUUGUGCAGCGGGCAACCUUCUUCGAAGACGUCGUCAUACGAUGCGUGCGCUAUGCUUUUGCGAACCUGCCCCCCCUUAUCGGCCGCGUCUUCCUCUCCAAGAACGUCUCGCGGCCAUUUCUGAGGUUUCGCAUGCUGCGGCAUGGUUACCUUCGCUCACCCUCCCACUGGAGCGAGUACAAGCAACACGGUGAACAUGGAUUCCAAGGAAUCUGGGUCAUCAAGGAUAAAUCGAAAUCUCCCGACAUCGUCAUCUACUACGCUCACGGAGGCGGAUUUUCUAUGGGGUCCGCAAACUUUUAUCUCGAGUUUCUCCUGUCGUGGCACUCGCUGUUGGUCCAGUCAGGCUACGAGAACCCUGCCAUAUUCGCCCUCGAAUAUACGCUUGUGCCUGACAAGACUUACCCGACGCAGAUGUAUGAGACGUUGAGGGGGUACAAGCACGUCUUGGACAGGGCUGGAGAUCCUCGGAAGGUGGUGGUAGCCGGCGACUCGGCUGGAGGAACAUUGAUUUUGACGCUGCUGUUGGAACUCGGCCACAUGAAUGAAGCCAGGGCUUUCAAGGAAAGAAGCGACGACUCCGCCGCAUCUGACAGCGAGAGCCAGGGGCAAUUACGCAAGGCUUCUGAGUCACCGCUACCUGGGCUCUGCGUGUUGGUCUCGCCAUGGUCCAAGUUGAUCUCCAACAAACAUGAAAAUUCAGCCAGCGAUUUUCUGGAUCGCGACAUGUUGUGGAGGUACGCGUUGCAGUAUGCCGGUACGUCGCAUGCCUACGACAAGUCGGCGUCGCCUGGGCAAUGUGUCGAUCAUCGGGUAUGGGCGGAGGCUAGCCCGCCUUGCGGGUUCUUCAUCGUGUAUGGAUCCGAGGAAGUGUUUGCCCCUGAUAUCAGAGAUCUCAUCAAGGUGCUGGUAAAGAACACCCAAGUGGACAGCCGCUGUGAGGAGGGCGGCAUACACGCCUGGCCCGUGGUUGAUUUGUUCUUGUCGGGCAACGAGAACAAGAGGCUGGAGGGUCUGCGGACACUCACGUCAGCAAUCAGAAAACGCAUUGAAUAG